ACUGUGAAGCGGGGCAGUGCGCUGCGGCUCCUCCCAGGCAGCCCGGGAAGUUUGCUGAGCAUCCCCGAGACACUGCAGAGCGCUGACUCGCUGCAGGGGAGAGUCACACGGUGCGGCUGGGGGAAGGUUCAGCUGGAAUUGACGCGUUUGCUGGCUGGUCCCUGCUUGGCCCGGAACAGAGUCGGUGAGUGGAGAAAGCAGGGAGCCAAAAAGAAGCGGCUUCGGGGGCAUUUGCCUGAGACCAGUGCAGCUGCAGGCGCGCCAGAGCCGUCACCCACACCCUGAGGACUAGGAGGACACCCACAGAGACACCCAUCUUCUCCAGGGUGCUGGGUCCCCGAAUGCUCCCGAGCGGCAGAGGCGAGCUGGGAGUGUGCAGGCAAUAGCUCGGGUGUAGAACGUUCUUGGUUUCGCUGCCACUGCUGGAUGUUGACAUGCAACAACUACUGAAGCCUGGGGCAUCUUCAAACGACUCAGAGAACUGCGAUAGGGAAUGUGACUUGAGCUCCCUCUUGUGGAAAGAUAUUGGAAUUAAACUUUCAUGAUUUUAAAAAACAAAACAAAUUAUGGCAACAGUUACCAUGCCAUUUGUUGCUACGUUCACCCCUCCAGGAAAUGAAGAAUCUGACUCUCUAAUCGUGCUACAUUAUAAUUAUACAGGGAAACUUAUUCUAAAAGAAAAGGCAACUGAUCACAUAGGGUUAACAACUGUUUCAUUUCUGAUCAUAUGUAGUUUCAUAGUCCUGGAAAACUUGAUGGUGUUGAUUGCCAUAUGGAAAAAUAACAAAUUUCACAACCGUAUGUACUUUUUUAUUGGCAAUCUAGCUCUCUGUGAUCUGUUGGCUGGAAUUGUUUACAUAGUAAACAUUCUUAUGUCUGGAAAAAGAACUCUGAGCCUGUCCUACACAAUCUGGUUUAUUAGGGAAGGAAGUAUGUUUGUUGCCCUAGGAGCUUCCACUUUAAGCUUAUUAGCCAUAGCCAUUGAGAGACAUUUAACUAUGAUUAAAAUGAGGCCUUAUGAUGCAAAUAAAAAGUACAGAGUCUUCCUUCUUAUUGGAACAUGUUGGCUUAUCUCGGUUUCCCUGGGUGCCUUACCAAUCCUCGGCUGGAACUGUAUCAACAAUUUACCAGACUGCUCAACAAUUUUGCCUCUUUAUUCCAAGAAAUAUGUUGUAUUUUGCAUAAGUAUCUUCAUAGCCAUUUUGGUGGCAAUUGUUAUCCUUUAUGCACGUAUUUACAUACUGGUAAAAUCCAGUAGCCGUAACGUCACUAAUCAUAGUAACUCAGAGAGAUCUAUGGCACUACUUAGGACAGUUGUUAUUGUAGUUGGUGUUUUCAUUGCCUGUUGGUCUCCAUUAUUUAUUCUGUUGCUUAUAGAUGUAGCCUGCAGAGUAAAAGAGUGUGCCAUUUUAUACAAGGCUGACUGGUUCAUUGCUUUGGCUGUCCUCAAUUCUGCAAUGAAUCCCAUCAUCUACACUUUAGCCAGCAAGGAAAUGCGUCGGGCUUUCUUUCGCCUUGUUUGUGGCUGUCUAGUGAAGACCAAUGUGUCUAGAUCUUUGCCUAUUCAGCCCACUCCAGAUCAAAGCCGAAGUAAGUCUAGCAGCAGCAAUGCACAGAAACCAAAGGAUGAUUUCCCACAGAUUAGUGUUCCCUCAAGUAUAACUGAAAAAGAUAAAUCACCAUUUCAGAAUGGAAACUUGUGCAAAUGAAGGACUCAGCAAGUCAAGGACUCGUCUAUGGCUUUUUAGGAUUCAAUUACAAACUUUCAUUUUUCAUGCACUUAAAUCAUAACUUAAAUCAUAGGGGAAAAUACUAACCACUUAUUUAACUGAGUGUCUAUUUAUCACAUGACUUGUUUUGGUUUGGGUUUUAAUUCUGUAAAAGAUCUGACUCAGGAAAGCUUUUUCUACUACCCAACAGUCUGCACAAAAUUCUUGUGUAUCAUUAUUACAUGCAUGACAUCAGUGUAUUUGGUAAAGUCUGAUCUUAGAGUACAUCUACAUCACCUACAAGAAACGUCAGCUAUUAUACAUAUCCUACUAUCCUGUUUAUUGUUAAUUGGGACAAAGGUUACUUACAUUAUACAAAGUGCAUUAUAUUUCUCUAUACAUAUCUUGCUAUUAUGUUAAUAGCCUUACAUGUAUGUGGUAUAAAUAACUGUAUAUUUGUACAUUUCUUUAUUAAAUAGUAAUUGUAUGGCAAAACUUUGUAUUAUGCUACGCAUAGUAUUACAGUAUAUAAUGCAAUAAUACAGAUUAUACAAAUAUGUAGAAAUUUCAAAUAGUAUGUUUGAAAAUGUAUGAAGUAGUAAUCCUGAA